AGCCACGGCGCAGGCCGUCGCUACGCCGCCCGAGGCACGAGACGGAGCGCACACAGAAACUGGAGGCGGAACCUUCGUACGCAUCGAACGAAACGGAGCGCCACGUGAACACGCGCAGGGACAGGCAGGGUGCCCGAAGCUCGAUCUGGCGGCAAAGACACACGGCCGGCCAACUGGAAAACCGAGAUAUGCCCGUUGUCCCUUCUGGCUCGUGCCCUCCCGCGGCGUACCUCGCGGCGCCGCGCCCGGCCGGUGGCCUUGCCCAACGGCUACGCCUCCUCGGUCAGCGGCGCUGCGGCGCGCGGGACUGCUUAUAAAGCCGCCGCGGCAGCUCUGCUUUCCUCCGUUACCUCCUCCACCCCAGCAGAGCUCGAGAGACCAAAGGGAGUUGGGGGAGAUCAUGGCGAGGAGCACGCGCUCGCUGGCGUUCUUUGUGCUCGUUGCCCUGGCCGUCCGAGCCAUUUCCGCCGUCACCGAUGGGCUGUUGCCCAACGGGGACUUCGCGCAGGGGCCGGACAAGUCGGAGAUGAACGGCACGGUGGUGACGGCGCGCCACGCCAUACCGAGCUGGGAGAUCUCCGGGUUCGUGGAGUACAUCGCGCCCGGGCACAAGGAGGAGGACAUGAUCCUGCCGUUGCCGGCGGGCGCGUCGGCCGUGCGGCUGGGCAACGACGCCGCCAUCCGGCAGCAGCUCAACGUCACCCGCCACAUGUUCUAUUCCGUCUCCUUCAUGGCCGCGCGGUCGUGCGCCCAGGCCGAGAAGCUCAACGUGUCGGUCGACCCCGAGUUCGGCGUGCUCCCGAUCCAGACCGUGUACACCAGCACCGGCUGGGACACCUACUCCUGGGCCUUCAAGGCCAGGCACAGCACCGGGUGGCUGAGCAUCCACAACACCGGCGUCGAGGAGGACCCGGCGUGCGGCCCCCUCCUCAUCGCCGUCGCCAUCAAGACCCUCUACGCCCCCCACCACACCAAGGGUAACAUGCUGAGGAACGGGGACUUCGAGCAGGGGCCGUACAUCUUCCCCGGCACCCCGUGGGGCGUGCUGGUGCCGCCGAUCACGGAGGACGUGCACUCGCCGCUGUCGGGCUGGACGGUCAUGUCGGACACGAAGGUGGUCAAGUACGUGGACGCGCCGCACCACGCGGUGCCGCGGGGCGCGCGCGCCGUGGAGCUGGUGGCCGGCCGGGAGGGCGCGCUGGUGCAGGAGGUGCGCACCGUGCCCGGGCGGGCGUACAGGCUGUCCUUCGCCGUGGGGGACGCCGCCAACGGCUGCAGCGGGUCCCUGGUGGUGGAGGCGUACGCGGGGCGGGGGACCCUGAGGGUGCCGUACGAGUCCCUCGGCACGGGCGGGUCCACGCCCGCGGCGCUCGAGUUCACGGCGGUCGCCAACGAGACGCGCGUGGUGUUCCAGAGCUCCAACCAUCUCAUGAAGUCCGACGCCACGCUGUGCGGGCCCGUCGUCGACGACGUCUCGCUCGUCCCGGUGCGCGUGCACGCUGCCCGCCGGCUGCGUUUGUAGCGCAUAUCUAUCUUUUUACAGUAGUUUUGGAGUUUCUUACGUUUGUACCGGCCGGCAUUCGAUGCGCCCUAGUGUUGAGCGCCGCGCUCGAGGCCGUUGCAUCAACGACACAAUAUAUAACAGUCUCCCUGAAGGGACACUUCAACGACGCAAAACUCCCCAGCGUGGGCUAGGUAAGUUGCUCGAAAAUUUUGCACGCGUAAGUCGAUUUUGCACAGAGAAGAAGUGGGCAGAGGCGCGCGUGGAGCUCCGUAGCCGAGGCGAGGACGCUGGAGGUUGAAGGAAACGGCUCGAUGUAAAAGAUGCAUAGGGGCCCUUAGAUUUAAAUCGGACAGCUCAAAAUAUCA